GACCUGCCAGCUUGCAGGGCGCAGCAGCCCCCACGACCCUUCAGCCCCUGCACAAAGUGCAGACUUGGACUGUUGUUUGGCAUGCUGUAAGUCUGCGCAAAAAGAUCAGCUCAGCGGGCCCAGCCAACUUUGAAUCGCAUCCAGCAGCUACCCCCUUCAUAUUUGGCACGAAUUUUUUUCCGCGGCUCACAAGCUGUGUGGAGGACCCAUACAACAUUCUGCAGCAUGUACCCCCAGGAGUUCUUGUCGCUGCAUCCAGUAUGAUCCCAUGGCCAAACGUAGCCGAAGCCCUUCUUGCAACACGGCAGAUCCAUUUGCGAUAGAGGAAGUGGCACCAACUCCAAGCAUCGGGAGCCUUUGUGGUCACCAUGUUUUGGUACCCUUGGACCCAGGUUCAGAGCUGGACUGCAUACGACGACAAAGGUGUUUUGGAAGCGAGGUUGAGUCACCCUUGAGCAAGUGGAUUUUUUCCUUGGAGGAGGCUCUUUUUUUGCAGUCUGAACUAUCCAUUCUGUCGAUAUGCGAUGCCAGUGGCAUGGUCCUUUCCGUUCAGGAUUUCUUUGGUCAAUGCUGCGCGGUGGUGCCACGAUUUUCAUGGCGAUUUGCUGCCUACCGCCACUAUCGACUGGCUGGUUGGGUUGUGCGUCCGGAUAGCUUGAAAUUUGGGGCAGAUUUUCUGCUCUAUGAUGGGGCACCCAGCGAGGUGCAUGCCCGCUAUGCCGUCCUCCUCGGGGAUCAGCAGCUGCUGUGGAAGGAGGCCAUCAUGGCCAGUCGUUUGGCGCAACUUGUGGCGAAGGAACUCCUGGUAGUGUUCCAACCAGAAGAGGGCGAGACCACCUUGGAAAGCACUUGCAGUCGAAGGAUUUUGGCGCUGACUGUGAGGCCCUGGCAGCAUCAUUUGGGCAGCUAACGGCAGCAUGGACACUGAGCAGGAAGUCAGCGGACUUGCAGAUGCGAAGGCAGGCCAUCCAAAGCUUCGGCCAAAAGGUAGACAGAGGCCCAGUGCUGUGUCCUUGGGAAGUGGUGAUCCCCCCGCAGCGCUCUGCAGUCUGCGCCAUGGCAAUGAGUUGAUCGGUGGAACCGAUGCCGCUGUAGUCACUGUAGUCACUGUGGUCUUUGGCGCUAUGGAAAAUCAUGGGCCCGGUUUUUCCAUACCUAAAUGAUCAGUACCCUCUGGUAAACUAACAUACCU